GUUCCGGGAAGGGGAAUAGGCUGGCGAGGCUUCCUUGCGAGGAGUGGGAGGCUGGUCUGUGGGGGGACGGAGCAAAGAGAAGAAGGGCCUCCGAUGCCCAAAUCUGGCCUCAGCUUCUGGGAUGAAAAAAAAGGAAGAGCUACUUCUCCAAGAGACAUUGACAGAUGCGGGUGGGGGGACAUUUGAAAGAACACAUCAAGUGUCCGAGGAAAGCGAUAACUGGCCAGAUGUGAAAGAGAAUAUUGGCAGUCAAGAUGGGAUAAACAACCUGGAGGGAAAGGAAAUUUUUUAAAAAACUCCAGAGGAAUAAAUGUUGGGAGGCUGACCUCCACGCAAUGAUGGUAUAACCACAAACACCUGAAGAUAAGAGAGAGAAGUGUCCUGUGUGUGGAAAAAUGCUCACUCAUAAAGCCAGCCUUGAUGACCAUUGUAAAACCCACACAGCAAAGAAACGAUAUAAAUGCCUUGAGUGUGGAAAGAAUUUCAGGGAUAAUGCUGACCUUCGGGCCCAUCAAAGAAUGCACACCGGGGAGAAACCGUUUGAAUGCCUGGAGUGCAGAAAAACAUUUCGUUGGAGGGGGGGACUUGCUGUCCAUCAGAGAAUCCACUCAGGGGAGAAACCUUUUAAAUGUUUGGAGUGUGGACAAAGAUUCCGCCAGACUGGUGGCCUUCGAGUACAUCAAAGAACUCACACAGGGGAAAAACCAUUUAAGUGUCUGGAGUGUGGAAAGAGCUUCAGUCAGGGCUAUCGCCUUAAUCUCCAUCAAAGAACUCACACAGGAGAAAAACCGUAUACAUGUCUAGAGUGUGGAAAGAGCUUCAGUCAUGGUUCUCAGCUUAAUACACAUCAAAGAAUACACACAGAUGAGAAGCCCUAUAAAUGUUUACAAUGUGGAAAGGGCUUCGGGAAGAAAUCAUAUCUUAAUUCCCAUCAAAAGAGCCACACAGAGGAGAAACCAUAUAAAUGCCUGGAAUGUGGAAAGAGCUUCAACUGUAAUGAUGAGCUUGCUUCACAUGAGAAAAUUCACACAAAAGAGAACCUAUUUCAAUGCCUAGAGUGUGGAAAGAGUUUCAGGGACAGUGCUGAUCUGCUUAACCAUCAAGGAACGCACACAGGAGAGAAACCAUUUAUCUGUCUGGAGUGUGGAAAAGCAUUUAGUCGAAAGAGGGCACUUACUGUCCAUCAAAGAAUUCAUUCGGGGGAGAAACCAUUUCAGUGCUUGGAGUGUGGAAAGAGAUUCAGGCAAAAGGUUGCCCUUCAAGUACAUCAAAGAAUGCAUACAGGAGAAAAACCAUUUAAAUGUAUGGACUGUGGAAAGAGUUUCAGACAGGCCUCUGCCCUUAAUUUCCAUCAAACACGUCAUACAGAGGAGAAACCCUAUAAAUGCCUGGAGUGUGGAAAGAGCUUCAACCAGAAUGAUGAGCUUGCAUCACAUCAAAGAAUUCACAAAGGAGGGAAACCAUUUCAAUGUCUGCAGUGUGGAAAGAGUUUCAGGGACAGUGCUCACCUUCUCUCCCAUCAAACAACACACACAGGGGAGAAACCAUUUAAUUGUACAGAGUGUGGGAAAGCAUUUAGUCGGAAAUGGGCACUUACUCUACAUCAGAGAAUCCACUCAGGGGAGAAACCAUUUAAAUGCUUGGAGUGUGGAAAGAAAUUCAGGCAAAAGAGUGCCCUUCAAUACCAUCAAAGAACUCACACAGGGAAAAAACCAUUUAAAUGUCUCGAGUGUGGAGAAAGCUUCAGAACUAGCUCAGCUUUUAAUUCUCAUCAAAGAAUUCACCCAGGGGAGAAACCGUUUAAAUGCCUGGAGUGUGGAAAAGGCUUCCAGCGGAAGCGUGAUCUUGCUUUACAUCAGAGAAUUGAUACAGGGGAGAAACCAUUUGAAUGUUUGCAGUGUGGAAAAAGAUAUAGGCAAAAGAACGCCCUUGUAUCACAUCAGAGAACUCACACAGGAGAGAAACCUUUUGAAUGCCCGCAGUGUGGAAAGAGCUUUAGUCAGAAGAACACCCUUGUUUCACAUCAGAGAACACACUCAGGAGAGAAACCAUUUAAAUGCCUUGAGUGUGGAAAGAGCUUCAGGUGGAGUUCUGACCUUCUCAACCAUCAAAGAACACACACAGGGGAGAAACCAUUUAACUGUCUGGAAUGUGGAAAAGGAUUUAGUCAGAGAGGAGCACUUACUAGCCAUCAGAGAAUACACUCAGGGGAGAAACCAUUUAAAUGCUUGGAGUGUGGAAAGACAUUCUGCCAGAAGGGUGCCCUUCAAUACCAUCAAAGAGCUCACACAGGGGAGAAGCCAUUUAAAUGCCUGGAGUGCGGAGAAAGCUUUAUCCAGAAGUAUGCCCUUGUUUCACAUCAAAGAAACCACACAGGAGAGAAACCAUUUACAUGCCUUCAGUGUGGAAAGAGCUUCAAGCAGAAGGGUGCCUUUAGAGCGCAUGAAAUUGCUCACGCUGGGGAGAAACCAUUUAAAUGCCUGGAGUGUGGGAAGAGCUUCAGUCGAACGGCAUCUCUGACUUCACAUCAAAACACACACACCCAGGCCCAUUCAGAGGAAGAGGAGUCUGACCCCCUGGAACAGCCCUCUGCUAUAACAGACCUGGGGCAAGAUGAGGGAUCACGUGGAAGCAAUGGCUGGUCUGUGGUUCCAAACACCAGAUUCAACUCUGUCCUGAGCCCACCCGUGGUUCCAGAUUCUCCUCCCACUUCCCAGGGCUCAGCAGAGCACCAAUGGCAGUGUAUCAAGUGGGAUACUCAGAGCCAAGGUGGGAGAGCUCUUCUGACUCCCAGAAUCCCCUUUUGUCCAGGGUAUCCUCAUGAGGAAGGCCCUACUGAAGAACAAGAGUCCAUAUAUGAGGAGGAAGGUCCAGCUCUGACUACUAAUGAGGCAGAGGUACCUGCAGCUGCUGAACCAGUAUCAGUCUGAAUACAUGCUCCCAGUCUUCCCCAGACGUUCCCUUGGUUAACAGCUCCAUUUACGGGCUUGAAUCAAGAGAAACUACUAAAAGAUCUGGAGUAUAAAAGGAGCUAGGGACAGAGCACACCCCUUAUUUCAUACAAAUGUUUUAAUUGCUGUCUUUGUAAGGGAGAAUCCAUAGGAAUGCUCCUAAUAUGAUGACGGUCAUUCUCAUAAAAUGAACCUUAACAGACAUCAGAGGACUCACUUUUGGGAAAGCCCCCAAAAUGUUCCAGUUGUAGUAAAGUCUUUUACAGUAGAUCAAAGGUUA